UAUGGCCGAAGCGUCCACUGUACUACAGCGCCAUUAUGAGUCAUCAUUCGCCAUCGUUCUACACAGCUCCAUAUUCGUUACAUUUUCGUAUCAGUGUGUUGUCACGUUUUGUACGUUGAGGUGAGAGUGCUACGAGUCACGUUACGAUUAUGUCGAGUCGCGUGAGGAAUCCGAAACGAUUGCCACAGGCAUUCGUAAAAUAACGCUAAUUGCCAGACAGUGAUCAUCAACGACGAAAGAUUACUGGGACAGCUGAACAACUUGAACUCAUAUAAUAAAAUUGGCCAAAUCGAGACUCACCCACGUUAUAAACGAAGGGGGAGAAAUAUCAAGCAGACAUCACGUGAGCCUAAUUUUAUCGAAGUGGCGGUCACACACAGUUCAAACAUGAGGGGAUCUAAAAGAGAUUGGGUUUUUAGAGUCCAGGUACCUAAUCUGGAUAAAAAUGAAGUCAUCUACGUAGUUGGAAAUCUGCCUGAAUUGGGUGCUUGGAAUCACAAUCAGGCCAUCCUCUUGUCACAAGAACAUAACAGUCGGAGGGAGUCUCCUGUAGUGUUUGACAGUAAUAGUAGUGGAGAGUUUUACAGCGAUGAUGCAGACAAUGCAGCUGAUGGCAUGUUUCAUAGCGAAGAAGAAGAUGGACGAAUAUUCUCGCAAAAGGUUGCUCUUCCCAUUGAUAUUGAUAUCGAGUUCCGAUACUUUAUUGCUGUUAUCUGCCAAUCAAAUGGCACUAAAAAUUCGGCCAAAACUCUGAUUAUUCGCAAGUGGGAAACUCAUAUGACACCACGAAUGAUUCGAAGAAAUACACCGAGCAAUUUUGAUAAUGAUAUAUUGCCUGAUCCUGAUAAAUUUGGCUAUCACAAUAAUUACAGCAAGAUCGAACGAGGUUGGCUGACAGAUGAAACUGUGAUACAAUUUAAACUUUUUAACAAUCCUAUUAAGCUCUGGAAAAGCCGACUACAAAACAGAAAAGUUCAUAUUAAGAUGACACCUGUAAAUCUAGUUAGACAUAAUUCAUUAGAACUGCAACAAUUUGGAGGCGACUGUGUUGACGAUAGUCUUUCCAUGGAUACGCAAGAUAUUAUUGAUCAACCCGCUUUUACCAGUAUUACAGAAAUUGCUGUGAUGAAUGAUGAAGAGGCUAGACUAAAGUUCCAGGAGCAGUUCGGUCGCCCGUACAAUGAAGACGAAUUUGUUAUCUUCAAUGUUGCCGUUCGGUAUCCUGAAACAAUAGCAUACUUAGUGGACUACUACGUGUACAGCUCAAGGUGUUUCCAAGGAGAACCACCAAAUCACAUUGGUUUCAGCUACAUCUUGCCUAGCACUUUACAACCCAGCGUCGGACUUCUGACCGUACCGAUCACUAGUACAAAGCACAGACCCAUCGGACAAUUGACGGUAGAAUACGUCGCUAUAAAACCAAUUCCGGAUUAUCCGUGGGACAUGAGCAUUUCGUACGCAAAGCACUGGGAACAACGAUGGUCAGGUUUGGACGUAGGACACAGAGGCCUUGGCACAUCUUUCAAGUUUGAGACGAAAAACUGUGCUAACGUGCGCGAGAAUACGGUAGCAUCUUUGAAGACUGCAUCGCAUCACGGUGCAGACAUGGUCGAGUUCGACGUUCAGCUCUCGAAGGACCUUAUACCUGUAAUUUACCAUGAUUUUUAUGUGUCCAUCUCGAUGAAACGUAAGAAGCAGAUAGAGGCGAUGGACAUGCUGGAGAUACCCGUCAAAGAUCUCACUUUAGAGCAACUGCAUCUACUCAAGGUUUAUCACGUGGCCGAGGGUCGUGAGAAGAAUCCGAGAUUCUUUGACGAGGAUUUGGAGGAGCAUCAGCCUUUUCCCACGCUGCAAACGGUGCUUCAGGAACUGGAGCAGCAUGUCGGAUGCAAUAUCGAAAUUAAAUGGACCAUGCAAUUGAAGGAUGGCACAUUCGAGCUCAAUCAUCCCUUUGAUCUCAACAUGUAUCUAGAUAUUAUUCUGAAAGUUGUAUUAGAAUACGGAGGCGAUCGAAAGAUCGUGUUUUCCUCGUUCAAUCCCGACAUUUGCGCGAUGAUCCGUCUUAAACAAAACAAAUACCCGGUAGUAUUUCUAACGCAAGGUAUUACAUUGAAGUAUCCCACUUAUCACGAUCCGAGAUGCCAAACGAUACCGAUGGCAAUGAGGCACGCAUUGACCGCGGAUAUACUAGGCAUUAAUGUCCACACCGAGGACAUUCUUCGCGAUCCCUCUCAAGUGAAAUUAGUCAAAGACGCGGGAUUGAUCAUUUUUUGUUGGGGCGAUGACAAUAACGAUAAAGCUACUAUUCAACAUUUGAAGAAACUCGGUUUACACGCGGUGAUAUACGACAAAAUUGAUGAGUAUAAUGCAAAAGAAGUAAAGGAGAGUAUAUUCUUGGUGGAUGCCAGAGAAAGCCAGAAAGAAUUGAUAGCUUUGGCCCACUGCAAUCAGACACCGCAGACGCAGAUCUCCACGUCUCUUAAUACAGAACAGGAAUAUUACGUGGAUCGACCAUCAGCGACCACGUCGCUGAAAAGUAGUAUUGAUAACAUAUAUUCCGUGCCGACUAUGAAAUUGCCGAUCAAUUGUGAAGAAAGCAAGGAGAUGACUGAGAUAACCAACACCUUUAGUCAUUCGGUAAAGACGAAAAACUUGGUGUGCGGACAGUCGAGUGAGAUGUACGCAGAAGAUGAAGCAGCGAAAGAUUGCCUUUGAUGCUUCUCUUUUAGGAAGCCUUUUUUCUGGUGGUUCUGAAAAUAUGCCGUUGUAAGAAACCUUCCGGAAUGUAACAAAAAACAUUCUUGUAAUUUAUAAUGUACCACAUUUAUAACUGCAUACGCUGAAGCGUUGCCGAACAUUUGUCUGUAUUUCUGAGAUUUAUAAAACGCUCUAAGUCUUAAAUUGUACAUAAAUAGUUCGAAAUCGGAAUGGCCAAUAGUCUGUGAUUGGAGGUUUAUCGGAAAAAUUUUCCUUACCGCUAUCCAUAUCUUACGUUUAACAUUAAACAUAGUUACAUGAUUUUGCAAUUUGUUGCACGAUUGCGUUUUUCUCGGUAAGGACAAACGUUUAGAGAACGAACAUUAGACACAUAUAGCGGUAAAUGCGAAAUUAAAUAGAAAUGUGCUUUAAUAUAUUUUAAACCUCCAAAUCUCCGAAUAAUACUGGUCAUUGUUUUAAAAGAUUGAUAUAAAUAGCGAUAGUGCUGUAUGCGAAGAA